GAAAUGUGACUCAUGUCAUUUGUUCUCUUCUAUUUUUAUCUGCAUCUAUUUCAGAACGCUGUGAAAGAACAGAGAGUGAAGCAGCUUUGUACCAAGUCACUUCUCUCCAGGACUUUUGGCGACACUUCAGCUUCUGGUUUCAUUUCCACGGAGCGUCACCGUCAGAGAAUUGCAAUGUCAGCCGAGGACGGCAGCACCUGUGACGGUGAAGAUGAAAGAUAUCUGCCAUGUUGCUCCUCGGCUAAGCUAACUAUCGUAGUCGGAGACACUCACUUCUCCGAGGAGAAGACGCUUCUCGUUCAGAGCUGCGGCUAUUUCCGAGCUCUGUAUCGUUCCGGGAUGAAGGAGUGUCGGCAGGAAGAGAUCCACCUCAAGUCUCUGCACGCUCGAGGUUUCCUCAUCGCCUUGGCGGUGUUGCGAGGUGAGAUUCCCGACCUGGACGGCGACGACAUUGUCGAGGCCAUCGAAUGUGCCGCUUUCUUGCAGGUGGCGCCGCUCGCCAAGCAUCUCAUGGAUCUCAUUGAUUCGGACAACUGUUUGCUGAUGUAUCACACCGCUGCGACGUUUGGCCUCAUGGAUCUGUACCACGCCGCCGCGCUGUUCAUCCGAGACAUGUACGCCGACCUGGAGAUGGAGGUUCAGAAAUCCUUGACGCCAGAGCUGAUCUCCUACGUGGAGUCUUUGACCCCGAGGACUUUCGUGGCUGUGGGCGCUCAUGUGACCUGCGGCGUGGAUGAAACGGUGCACGCCGCCUCCAGGACGGUCUGCUACCUGGAUGAAACCGGUAACAGUUGGAAAGUAUUGACAGAUCUUCCGCCAGAGGCCAGCACCUCCAUGGCCGGAGUGACCGUUUUAGACAACAGACUUUACAUCGUCGGGGGAGUUCAUGCACUUCACAAACAAGUCGCAGUGUCUUGUUUCUGCUACAGCGUCGAAAACAACAGCUGGAGCCGGAUCUCCAGUCCGGCACAGCUGCGAUACAACCUCAGCCUCGUGGGCGUAGACGGACGUCUUUACGCCAUCGGAGGAGAGUACGAGCGGACGUUGAUGUCAUCUGUGGAAACGUACGAUGUAGAGACCGGGAGGUGGGGGUUUGCCGCUCACUUACCUCGACCGGCGGCGGGAGCGGCGUGCACCAAAACCAUGGGCAGGAUAUUUGUGUGUUUAUGGAAGCCGAUGGAGACCACGGAGAUCUACGAAUACGUCUCAGGGUCGGACGAGUGGCGGCUGGUUACCAUGCUGAUCAGGCGCCAGAGCUACGGCCACUGCAUGGUCGGCCACAGGGACGACCUGUACGUGGUGAGAAACGGGCCGUCGGACGACUUCCUGAGAUGCCUCAUGGACUGUUAUAAUCUGAACUCGGGCCAGUGGUCGUCUCUGCCCGGACACUUCGCCAACAGCAAAGGUUCGCUGUUCACGGCGGUGGUGAGAGGCGACUCGGUGCUCACGCUCAACAGGAGCGAGACUCAGGAGUUCGCCGUCGAUGGUAAAACCUGGAAGCCCCGACGGCAGAUGAAAGGUUUCCCCAGAAGUGGAUCCGUGUGGACGUUUCUGCUCCGGCUGCCCGAUGCUCUCAUGCUGCAGUAACGGUUCCACUUGCUCUGGGAUUUAUUAGCUUCUGUUUCCUGCAUCCAGCCUCGGUUUCCUGUUGGCACUGAGCGGCGAUGAUGAUGGAGGUUAACGACAGGCAGAGCCAGGCACCACGGGCAGCCGGGCGGGGCAGCUGGCUGCGAGGGGCCGAGGUCAGGCCGGGACACUCGAUGCCCUCCACAACCUGCGAGCUUGAGUCUGGGACCGAAGCCAGGAAGCAGAGCUCCAAAUCAGUGAUGGAUGAGCUUCUCUCUGUGGACAUUAAUCAGGUCAUCAGUCCGACCGCAUGAUGGGAGCUGUCCGCUUCGCUGCCUUUCACAGUUAAAACUCACUUUAGAUGAUCUGUUUGUCAAAAAAAUCAAAGGUCUCUGAGGAUCUGAGGCUGCAGAAUCAUUUUUUAAAUCAAAACUUAUCUUUAAAAAACAGAUUCUUAAUAAUGCCACCACAUUGUUUUAUGCGCAGCAUGUCUUAUCUGUUUUAUUAUUGUUGUGUAUUUUAUUCCCUUUUAUUGUUUUUGUAUUAUUUUAUUUGCCAAAUUGCACUCCUGUGUUUUAAUCCCUGUUCACCC